AUGCCAAGCAGAUAUGUUUCAUCACCUUACGAUAUCAACAUAUCUAGUUACGAAGAAGAUCAAGAGCAAAAACAGUACUACCAGGCAAUUGUUCGUCUCGCAAAUAUGGAUGGAUUCAAGCAUUGCACUUCCCAUCCCUCUACCACGUUCUUAUUCACUGUUGACAUAAGGGACAAAAAGUUCAUCUUCAUGGACUCCCUUUAUGACAAAGAUUCAGAUUUACACCAAGAAGUUGAUAAUAGAAUGAUUAUGAACUUUGAAAGAACUUGGAGUGAAUGCCACUUGAAAAACAUUAACUUUCAAGAAUUUGAAGUUAUAUACCCACCUGUACCAAAACAAAAUAAUGGGAAAGACUGCGGAAUACAUUUGAUGAAAAGUAUUGAAAUCUUUAAGCCAAGAACAAGUUUGAUGGGCAAAUUCUCAUACAAAGAUAUGCCAGACUUUCGAAUUCAGAUGGCAAAUGAGAUGAUGUUCUGCGAACACAACGAGAGGCAUGAAAUCCAAGAAGCUGUCAGGACAUUCAAACCACAUGUUCAUGGAACAUAUGCAAGGAUGGGGUGA